AUGCGUCUUUCCGUGAUCACGUUGCUUGUUGGCCUUCACCAGACUGCCUUGUCUCUCUCCACACUCUCAAACUCACCAUGCGCCGGCAUCUGCUCUAGCGACACCUAUACCGAACUCGCGAACCUCACCUGCGUUGACACGGAAUACGGAACCAAAACCAGAGGUAUGGUGAUGAAAGCCUGUCUCGAAUGUCUUCAGAACAGUACCGCAUUGUCAGCCGAAAGCAGCCCACCGCGGGAUAACGACGGCUACUACUUCUUCUACAACAUUCAAUACACGAUCAAGUACUGCCUCGGGCUCUACGAUGGAACCCCUUCUCGCCCUUCCCCGAACCUGGAACUAUGCGACGACGACUGCGAGCCACUGAGGCCAGUCUACGAACAGAACUGGAGCAAUCUGACGGCCGUCGGCCCCUACCAUUACUGCACGGCCAACGACUCCGCAUUCGAGCACAACGUCAAGAAGUGUGCCAGCUGCCACCAGACGCAGGAAGGCAGUGUCGUCGUGGGCAACUUCCUGAAUCUGAUGGAGACAGCCUGUGAGAAGCAGCCUGACAGGGCCUCUGGAGAGCUGGUCCAGUUCGACCGCGGGCUCUUCGACCUCUCCGUAAUUGACCAGACCGACGCCUCCGCCACCGCGACACCCUCGCCAACAUCCACGUCUACCGAGGACCCCAGCUCAUCAUCCUCUGGUCUGUCACCCGCGGUUUCCGGAGGCAUCGGCGCCGCAGCCGGCAUCGGCGGAGUCGCGGUCCUGGCCGCCGUCUUCUUCCUGGUUCGUCGGCAUCGCCGUCGUCAAUUAGCAGCUACCGGCGCAGUAUCGCUGCCUUACUCCAACAAAGCCGCUCAGGACAGCAGCUCGUCAGGCGGGACGAUGCCGGUGUCGGCGUUGGGCUUGCAUGAGAAGGGGUAUAGGCCGGUGGCGCAGGAGAUGGACGCCGGCCAACAGCAUGUGUCGGAGCUCAGUGCGGAGCAUGAGGCGGGCUCAAUUGGUCAGCAGCGCAAUGUACCGGACCGCUAG